GUUGGUGCAUAGCUGAGAAAAUAACUGAGGAUGUUUGCUACGGAAUUGCCUUGAAUAAUUAAAAUUGUGAAAUUAAAAAUUAAUUUAUUCUUUUAUCUUUCUUCUCGACAUUUGAACAAUUUUUAGUUUUGUGUGUAUCUGUGUUGUUGAAACAGAGCAGAGACAUUUACUCAUUCAUUUAUGGAGUUAGAAUUUAGAGAUCCUUGAAUAAGAUUUAGUCAGAAUGAUAGGAACUGAUUUAUUUAUUUUGAUAGCCGAAAAGGUCAAUUGUAAUCAAUGAACUUCUUUAGAUGUCCCUUGAAACCGUCUCUUUCACUGAAUGCUUAUCAUUUGUCAAUUCCAUUCUCAGUUUAAAUUUAAGAAUGACGAAGAAUAAAGUAACUCUAUCUUUAGCUUUUAAUGAUAUAUAGUGCCUUACCACGUCACCAAAAUUUUGCAAUAGCUUAUCAGAUAAGCCUGAUUAAUAGCGUUCAUUCUUAUCAAAAUACGAGAUAACAUAAUUUUAUGAAUAAACCACUUUAGUGAUCGUUCAUAAAUGACGAAUGUUUCUAUAGCUCUUUACCCCUCCCCCCCCCCCCCCCCUCAUCUCCUUCGUGUGACGUUAUUUAUGAAGGACAAUAUCAGAUUAGUCACUAAAGAGUAUAAUUUUAUUUUCUUGGUUAUAUUCUUAUAACAUGUUAUAACAUUCAAUUAGUGUGUGUUUGCUAACUGUUAUACAAAUUCGUAUAACAAUGUUUAAGGGGUGUAGUCAGAUAUUUAUCGAUAGUAAGUAAGUAAGUAUAUAAUUUAUUACCAAAAGGUAUUCAGAAACAUAAAAAGUGAGUACAUGAUUGAUAUUAAAAACAUUUCUAUAAGAAUUUUAAACAGUUGAGUUAGAUAUUGGCUUAUUGCAGCCAUUUAUAUUAAUUUAAUAAUUAUGACACGUUGCCCCUUAGUAAGUCUAAGUCCAGUCUAGGUUUGAGCACGAAAAUAAACCGUAAGAAAAAUGGAAAUUUCCCUCUCGUUAGCUGAAUUGUGGCGCAUUAGCAUUGGCGCCUUCAGAAAGCACCUUCAUGGCAGGUGGUGAGUUUUACUUUCGUAUCACUACACUUAGGGACUCCAGGGAAUAUUUUCAAUUUUUUUGGUUUUUUAUCGCAUUUUUGAAACUUGUUUCUAAAAGGUAGCUUAAUAAUACACUUUGUUCGGCUGUUCGGCUGCUCGGGCGAAGAAAAACUUAUUGACCAGACAUCGUAGAGAGCUCGGGUUUGUUUUAUUAGCUCCGUUACUAUCGAUUUAUCGGCUCAUCGAGUGGUUAAAAGUUUUGAAACAGUGUAUUUAUACUAAAAUUAAUGAUUUUUAUUUUUUUUUCAGUGUAACCUGCCCAAAUUUUGUUUUACCUCUAUAAUUUCAAAUUUUUUUCUAGCCGUUGUAAAAUUUGAAUUUCAAAAAACCGUUAAAUGAUAAAGCCUUACUAUAUGGAAAUUCAUUGUAAUUAUUUGUUAAUUACACUUAAAUUAAUGAACUUCUAAUCUUCUCAUGAUCUGUAAGUGAAUGCAAAAUAAUUAGAUAAUCAAAUACCUAUCGAUAACACAAAAAUUCGCUUAAGUCUCUCGAUCAAUAGCGCGAGGACUUCUGUAAUUUUUUUUUCUUCAAAAACGAAAUUGUCAGCCAGUAGAGAAGAUUUGUCCUCUUAAUUCCUCCUGCCUACGUCCUACGCAUAUAUCAAACUUGCGAUAAUGUUAUAACAAAUUUUAACAAACACGCAAAAAACGGCGUCAGUAUUUAAUCCUUAAGCAGUUAUAUUUGAGCUGUGAAGUAAAAAAGUUUAUUUUUUGGAAAUUUUAAGUACUCAAAAAAUUUGAGUUGAUUAGUUAUGGAAUCUCCAAAAGUGCCGAACAUGAUGACUAACUUAAUUGGUGCCAUCAAUAAGAUGCAAGACAUUUUCAACACGCUGAAAGUCACGAAUUCAAUUAAAUUACCGCAGAUUGUGAUGCUUGGUUCUCAGAGUUGCGGCAAAAGUUCCGUUUUGGAAUCAAUUGUUCAUCGACCAUUUCUGCCUCGUGGAUCAGGUAUUGUCACACGAUGUCCACUUGUUUUACAACUUAUCGAACAUAAAGGAAAUGAUGCUGGCUAUGAUGAUGAGGUAGCUACAGAAUGGGGCGAGUUCUUGCAUUUGCCAAAGAGAAAAUUUACGGACUUUGAUGAAAUUCGAAAAGAAAUUGAAAGACGAACAGACGAACUUGCUGGACGAAAUAAAGGAAUUUGUCAUGAGCCGAUUAAUUUGAAGAUUUAUUCACCUUAUGUUGUGGACUUAACACUAGUGGAUUUACCGGGAAUUACUAAGGUUCCUGUAGGCGAUCAACCACAAGACAUCGAAGCUCAAAUUAAAAAGCUAAUCAUGCUUUACAUCAAGAAUACAAAUUCAAUCAUCUUAAGUGUUAGCGCUGCAAACUCUGAUCUUGCAACAAGUGAAAGUAUCAAGUAUGCAAAGCUAGUCGAUCCUAAUGGCUUACGGACACUUUCAGUCCUGACAAAACUAGAUUUAAUGGAUAAAGGAACCGAUGCAAACGAAAUUUUAUCUGGAAAGGAUAUUCAUAUUAAAUUGGGCAUAAUUGGAACUGUUAAUCGAUCACAGCAAGAUAUUAAUGAUAAUAAAACCAUUAAUCAGCAAAUAGAGGAUGAAAAAGAAUUUUUUGAAAAGAACUAUAAUGAUGCUGCCCAUCAAAAUGGCAUCUCUUACUUAUCAAAACGUUUGAGUCAACUUCUUAUGAAUCACAUUCAAGAUAGCCUUCCAGACUUAAAAAUAGAAGUUGAUGAAAAGUUAAAUCAACACAUAAAGAAUUAUGAACUAUGUGGACAAGAAAUAAAGGAUAAAAACAUAUUUAUUAUGAUGAUAGUGACAGAAAUAAUGAAAAAGAUGAGUGAGUUAAUCGACGGAUUGAAUCUAAAUAUGUUAAAAGAUGCAAAGAAUCUAGUAGGUGGACCAAAAAUUCGAAAAAUCUUCGAUGAGACAUUUGGCAAAGCUCUAAAGAGUAUAAAGCCUGACAAGUCCACUUCUGAUAUUCUUCAAUGUCUUUUAAAUCAUGGAGGUCCAAGACCAGCAGUUUUUGCAUCCGAAAGUAUCUUCGAAAAGCUUGUCAAUGAGCAAAUUGAAAAGUUACGUAAUCCAUCAAUGGAAUGUGUUCAAAAUAGCCACGAUGAAAUGGAAAAUGUAAUUUCUAAGGUCGUUCAAGAUCAAGAGCAACUAGUUCGAUUUCCAAUUUUGGGAAAAAAGAUUCACUUUCAUUUAAAGCAAUUCCUUAAAGAUCGUUUACCAAUAGCAAAGGAACAAGUAAACGAAUUGAUUAAUAUUGAGCUAUCAUGUAUCAAUACUAAUCAUCCAGAUUUCUCUAUUGAAAAUGCAAUUAAACAGAACAAAGGAUCAGAAAAUGGCAAAACAGCUAAUCUUUUAUUGAAUCUUAAAACAGAAAAAAAUGCUGAAAUUUUGUUCUGUCUUGUUGAAAAUUACUUCCCAAUCGUUAAGCAAACUGUACAAGAUCAAGUUCCUAAAAUUAUUAUGUAUAAAGUUAUAAAUCAUAUGAAAAAUAACAUUCAGAAUGAGCUACUUAACAAUUUGCUGAAUGAAACUGAUGUCAAUCUACUUCAAGAGUCCGAAGAAAAUGAGAAUCGUCGUCAAAAUGCUAAAGUUAUGAUUCAGGCAUUAAAAGCAGCUCAAGAAGCAAUUAAUGAGAUUAGAAUGCAGAUUUAAAUUUGAUAAGUUUUGAGAAAAUGUAAGGCAUUGAUAUUCUGAACUUUGUAGUUGUUUAAGAUUUAUAACAACUAUGAUCUUACUAUCUGAAUAAGCUGAUUAUCUUACUUACACACCUUUGCACGUGUUUCUCUAUAAAACACAAUAAACUGAUAAUAAACUGUAGUUUGACAAAAAUGAUAGCUUCAAUAAAUCAUUUCAAUUUAUUUUUGAGUUUUUGAAGUUUUUUUUUAUGAAAUUUCCAGGGGAAUAAUUCUUGUUCUAAAACGACAACAACUAAUGACCGAAACAGUUUCUUAGAAGUGAACAUUCACGGGAAUUUGUUCGAUUUUAGAACCCCUAUUUUUGUCAAUAAUCGUAAAAUUAUUAAAUAUUUACUAUAGUUUUUUUUUAUCACAGUUUACAUAAAAU